ACCUACCCACAAUCAAGAUCACCUUCUCAUUGAAAGCCUCCUUGAAGUCGGCACCGGGAAAGAAUUGGGUGAGGGCUGCAGCAGAGUUGGAGGAUGGGACAGGUUCCGAAGGGGCAAUCAUUAUGUAGGGCUGAUGUCGAAGCUAAACAAACUGUUUUUAAAAAUGGAAAGUAGGCAAGGUAAGGCUGGAAAUAAUGGAGAAUAAAUGAGAGAUUGGAAAGAUUUGAAUAUUGAACUUCCGGGGACAUUAGGGGGUCUUUUAUGCCGGGUGAGCAGACACUUGCGUCCUCCAGAUAACGCUCCUUGUGCACACAUAUUCAGGUAUCUGCGAGCCAAUCAGGGUCGAUGGUGUAUAGUAAGGCAAUCAACGCGAGGUUCUCGAUCCCUGGGUCUUGGUGGAGUCUGCAUCGGACGAGUAGCUGGGUAUUCCGACAUUGUUGGACGGACAGUGGAAAGCACUCCACCGUCAUCGUUCUUCCCCGCCUGCCACUAUCGCUCUCACCCACUGUGGAUCAGUCGAUCGGCAUAAUGCGGGGAGGGGGUGAGAGAACGAUAUCUGGAGAUAGUUGGGAAGUGAGGGCUGGGUGGAUGCAUGAUUGUCGAUGUGGUGUCGAUGUGGAUUGGAAUGGGAGGCAGAGGAUCAAGAAAUGGAAUGUUGGUUUUUGGUUUCAAGAACACAAAAGAAUGAGGGUGAGGUACAUACAAAACAAUCCAUUGUCGGAACCUGAGGCCAACGCGGGUUGGGGGUUGCCUGGAUCACUGGACCAUGCAAAACCCCCCCUCCACACAAUGCCGUCUUCUGUACACCAUCAUAUCCUUCCCGAUCGCCAUACUUUCCAUAUUGUGCUCACAUUUAUUAACUUUUCUGCCUGGUACUUCCGUCAACUUCCCAAGCCACCAACAAGACAAGACCUAACAAGACCUGAGCAGAAGCCAUUGCCGUCAUGGGAAUGCCAUGGCUCAAUGCAACCAUCCCGGUGCAGGCCAUUAGUGUCCGUAUCAAAGCACCUCGCCAGGGGUUUAAGAUUGCGCGAGCGAAAUUGCCAAUCAGAACAGAAAUUGACAUUGUUCCCUCCUUCCAACCGUCAAAGACGGGGUUGACGUCUGAUCCACCAAGGCCAACAACACCAAUCGCUGCAGCCAUUCCGACAUCUGCGGGCCCCGCUAAUUCCCUCGGUAACCACAA